UGUUAUUUUUCAUCAAUUUUCAAUUUCUCUACCUUCUCAUAAAAAAGUAUGGCGAGUACAAGUAUGGUGGGAGAAAAAGGAAAGGCGCCAGCUAUAGGUAUCGAUCUCGGGACGACAUACUCGUGCGUGGCUGUAUGGGAGCAUGGCGCAGUUGAGAUUAUUGCGAAUGAUCAAGGUAACAGGACAACGCCGUCUUGUGUCGCCUUUACCAAAAAUGAUCAACGACUUGUAGGUGAUGCUGCUAAGAACCAAGCACCAGUCAAUGCUAACAACACUAUAUUUGAUGCGAAGAGGCUCAUAGGAAGGAGCUUCAAUGAUGAAAGUGUAUUAAAAGACAUGGGACUUUGGCCAUUCAAAGUUGUUGCUUGCUUUGGAUCGAAUAAUGAGAAGAAACCAAUGAUUGUAGUGAACUAUAAGGGUCAAGAGAAGGAGUUUUCCGCAGAAGAGAUAUCUGCAAUGAUCCUCUCAAAGAUGAAAGAAACUGCUGAGGCCUAUCUUGGUACGAAUGUAAAGGAUGCUGUUAUCACUGUUCCGGCUUAUUUCAAUACUCUGCAGCGUCAGGCAACUAAAGAUGCUGGAAUCAUUGCUGGCCUAAAUGUGCUUCGCAUUAUUAAUGAGCCAACAGCAGCUGCAUUUGCAUAUUGUCUUGACAAGAAGGCUUCUGGCAGAAAAAAUGUGAUGGUUUUUGAUCUUGGUGGGGGUACUUUUGAUGUCUCUUUGGUCGUUAUCGAAAAGGAGUCAUUUGAAGUGAAAUCAGUUAAUGGAGACACCCAUCUUGGGGGUGAAGAUAUUGACAACAAUAUGGUAAGUCAUUUUGUGGAGGAGUUCAAGAGAAAGUAUCGAAAAGACAUCAAGAAAAAUCACAAGGCUAUGGGCCGUUUGAGAGCUGCUUGUGAGGUAGCUAAAAGAAACCUUUCUACAACUUCUUCCACGCUUAUCGAGUUAGAUUGCCUUUUUGAUGGAAUCGAUUUUUCUUCGUGUAUGACUCGUGCUCGUUUUGAGAAGUUGAACAUGGAGUUAUUUAAGAAGUGUAUUGACAUAACAGAGAAAUGUUUGAUGGGAGCAAAUAUGAGAAAGAAUGAGGUUCAUGAGGUUGUCUUAGUAGGUGGCUCGAGCAGGAUUCCUAAGAUUCAACAGAUGUUACAGGACUUUUUUGGUGGUAAGAAGCUGAAUAAAAGCAUCAAUCCAGAUGAAGCAGUUGCUUAUGGUGAUGCAGCCCAUGCUGCAAUGUUGAGUGGAAUGGAGAAUAAUGAGUUCGUGCUUACUGAUGUAACUCCGCUUUCUCUUGGUAUUGAGAACAGUAAUGCAGAGUUGUCUGUGUUAAUACCAAGGAACACUCCUAUCCCAACAAAAAAGGAGAAGUUGUUUCAUACAGUAAAAAAGAAUCAGUCUGAAGUGUUGUUUAGUGUAUAUGAAGGCGAAAGGAUCACAGCUAGAGAUAAUAACUUGCUGGGAAGCUUUGAGCUUUCGGGUGUUCCUCCUGCCAGUAAGCGGAAGAGUUGUAUUGACAUCAAUGUUUGCUUUGAAGUUGAUUCUGACGGAAUCCUGAAAUGUGAUGCUCAGGAACUGAGCACUCUGAAAAACAGUGGAAUGACUGUCAGUUAUCACAGUGGCCGAUUGUCAAGGGAAGAAAUUGGAAAGAUGAUAAAAGUUGCAGAGAAGCUCAAUUAUGAGGAUGAUCAAAAAAGGCGUAAGGCAAAAGCAAAGAAUGAUAUGGAGAACUAUGCUCAUGAAAAGAGGCGCUUACUGAGAUGUGAUGCUGAUAAGAUUGGCAAAAAAGAUCGGAGGAAGGUUGAGGAUGCUAUUCAACAGACAUUGCAGUGGUUGGAUUGGAAUGUUUUAACAGAGGCUAGUAAAUUUGAAGACAAGAUGCUGGAGCUUCAGAGCAUCUGCGAUCCUAUCAUUGCACAAAUGCAGCUCCACCGUGAUGAUGCUCGUGUUAACAAGACUGCACAAAGGGUUGAGAUCAUUGAUAGUGAUUAAGAAUUGAUCUAAUGAAUGCACAAGCUGUAGGUUUUAGAACAAAGAUUGGCAAGAACUAAUUGAUUUUAGCUUUUAAUUAAACUCAAUUGCUAGAAAUACAGGUAUGAAUGUAUGAUUGCCAUUUAUUUUUGUGAUCUGGUGGUUCCAGCAUUAUAUACAUUCUGAUUCUGUUGGUUUCUUUGUAUGUGUGUCGCUGACCUUAAUAUCCUGGUGAAUUCUUCACAUAUGUA